AUGUCUCGGCAGCUGAUCAAGGCUGUCAAGGUAUACCUCAGCAAGGGAAAGAGCCUUGAGGAGCGCCAAGAAUUGAGGAGCGAGGAGCGAGGAAUCCACGUGAUCGAGAGAACAUUACUCCCAGAGGCCGACCAUCCAGGCGGAUUGCCUACCCGCUCGGUGAUGCAGAUGCUAGGGCGGAUAGGAUCACAUGCAGUAUUUGCUAUGCCUUCACACUCCGAGAGCCCUUUCGAUUACCAUGAUUGCCCCGAUAGUGACUGCGGCCAGAGCUUCGCGGACCUGGACACUUUUCACAAGCACUGGACUCGACAUAAAGGACGGUGCCCCUUCCCUUUCUGCGAAACAUCGGUCGAUUCGAAAUAUAACUUUGGACGACACUGUGCUCGAAGACAUACUGAUUACUUUGUUGAGCACCAGCGUGUCGAAAAGACAGCCUGCAAAUACCGCUGCGGCAAGUCAUAUUCCAAAGCGGAUGUCUCAAACUUGAGGAGGCAUGAAAAGACAUGCCGCCGAAAACGAGAUCAACGACAGCCUGUGGAUGGUGACGUGCCUUCCGCGACUGUUGCAGGGAACCUCUACGCCAACACCUCUGAACCUCUCCAGAAUCUUCAUAUACAAGACAGCGCAUCCCCACAUCGGCCGGCCUCACUUGAAGAUCGUAAUACCCAUGAGAUAAUCGAUCCAACUCAAGGUCUUCAAAAUUGGCGCGAGAACCGACACACAGUCGAGGCCAUUGAAUCACUUCAACGAGUUCUCGCCGGUGGGCCCGCGUUUGAUGCUCUCCAGGCAUUUACGAGGUUCCUAGACAACGUUGGGCCUUCUGUCCAUAGAUCUAUGCUUGCCGACCCUAGCCAAGAGAAUCGAGCCCCUGUGCAGUCAAACGACCGUGCUGAGCUGGAAGAUGUUCAGCAAAGCUGCGAUAGACCCAGAAUUGAAGUUGUGGAUGUGAAGUCCUCACAUUUCUCGCCCAACAAAUUUGUACUAGCAAAACACUAUGAUUCCGACUUCCUUUUCGAGCCCGACUUCCGUUACGAGUCCGACUAUGAGUCCGAUCAUGAGUCCAUUCCAGAGAUCACACUGAAAAAUGCAGAUUCCAUACUGAGAGCGGCAGCCGAGUUUUGGCGUUGUGACGUCCAGACUCAACAUGAGAAGAGAGACACUGAUGUCCCAAGUAUGGAGGAACCGGAGCCGAAGGUCAUUACAGACUUCUGCCGAUGGUUUUCGAACAUUUUCGUGUGUUUUAAGCUGACUUUCAACCCAAAAAUCUUGGCUCUAGCAGUUCUGGCUCUCUAUCAUCUCAAUGUGCCUCUCCUUGAAAGCAAGUUCGGUGGUGGAAAGUACGCGGUCGUCCUUGCUCUAAUGCUGUUCGCGAGGUUCUACGAGACUAGCCCUCAUACAGUCAGGGCAUGGGUCGAAGCGACAGGGGUCCCAGAGGCCCAAAUGGUCGUCAUAGAGGCGAGAGUCUCCGAGGGGCUAGAUAACGUCCUGAACAAAGAAUUAGAUUGGGUUGAAGAUGGGCGACAUUUGUCGCACACUAUGACUCGAAGUCUCAAUCUAUACGCCAGGCUACGAAAUCCAUCGCCUCAAUGGCUGCUGGCACAGAUCAAAGGGUAG